AGGUGGCUACUGCCGGCGUCGUCACAGCGAUUUUGCCGCAGUCCACGCCGAAGGCGAAGGCGCCCCCACCAGCGGCGGAUGCCGGGCCCGCCAAUGCGCACCUCUCACGUGCUCAGCUCGUCGAAGUGGUCUUCAACACACUUGACGGUGACAAGGACGGGACGGGCGGCUAAACCAGCGCGAGAUGAAGGUCUUCGCGAAGUUCACGGGCUUCGAGGGCACCGAGGCUGAGUGGGAAGACGCGUACAAGUCCCUCUGCGCAGACGCUGGUGGAGGCAGCUCCGUGGACCUCCGCGGCUUCACGACCAUCGUGGACGACCCCACGGACGAGACAACCGACUCCGACUUGCGGAGCAUGCUGGAAAAGCUGAGGGUGGCUGUGCCCGUCAUGGUCCCCCCGCCGACUCCACCUCCUCCGAUUGCAGGCGCCGCUUCCAGCGCCGUCGAGAAGAUUCUGGCCGGGGCCCCCCGAGACGAGCUGGUCCGAGCUAUUUUCGCGGCGCUGGACACCGACAAGGACCUGGACGGUGUGCUCAGCCAGUUGGAGAUGCACGCCUUCGCCGAACGCAUCGGCUUCAGAGGAGGCAGCCUGAAGGCGAGCAAGGACGACUCACUGACCAGAGACGUUGCUUUCUUCCAGCGGCUCGUCGACGACAAGAGCGACGAGACAGGGUGCUACUGCACCAACGAGGAGCUCCGCGCCACCCUGGAGAAGCUCUCGGCGCAUAACGCCGCCAGCGCGAAGGCUC